AUGGGCGAUAUUUACACCGAGAAUGGCCAAUCCGGCAACAAGCAGAUCCUGCUGAAUGCGUUUGAUAUGUCUACGGUGGGACAUUUGUCGCCGGGGCAGUGGAAGAACCCCGCCGACAAAUCCGCGACCAAGCGCAAGUUGGAAUACUGGAUUGAAUUGGCCAAGCUGCUGGAACGGGGCGGUAUCAAUGCCUUGUUUCUGGCGGAUACGUAUGGCGGAUAUGAUACGUAUGAAGGGAAACUGGAUGAAUGUAUUCGACGGGCGGCGCAGUGGCCGGUUACGGAUCCGACGAUUCCUAUCUCGGCCAUGGCCGCGGUGACUAAGAAUCUUGCCUUUGGCAUUACUUCGUCGACUUCUUUCGAGCCUCCUUUUCUCCUAGCGAAGCGCUUCUCGACGCUGGAUCAUCUGACGAACGGUCGUAUCGGAUGGAAUAUCGUGACCUCGUGGAAGAAGGCUGCUUUCAAGGCCAUCGGACUGGAUAGUCCAAUCGAGCACGACGAGCGAUACCGUCAGGCGGAUGAGUACCUGCGUGUGUUGUACAAACUCUGGGAAGCAUCCUGGGCCCCCGACGCACUCUCCCCCAACCCCGAAACCGACAGCUACGUCGACCCGGACAAAGUGCGCCAAAUCAACCACAAGGGGAAAUACUUCUCGCUCAACACACGGCACAUCGUGGAUCCAUCCCCCCAACGCACCCCCUUCCUCUUCCAAGCCGGUACCUCGGCCGCCGGAUCGGCCUUUGCCGCGACGCACGCCGAAGCGAUCUUCGUCUCGAGCCACUCGCCCGCCGUGCUGCGACCCAAAGUCGAUAACAUCCGACGGCUGGCAGCGGAGCAAGGUCGGGAUCCCGCGUCGAUCAAGUUCUUCGCGACCUUCACGCCGAUUAUCGGACGGACGGACGAAGAGGCCCGGGAGAAGUAUGAAGAAGUGAAGAAGUAUGCGUCGGUGGUGGGGGGCUUGGUGUUGUUCAGCGGAUGGACGGGGGUGGAUAUUUCGCGGAUUCCGCUGGAUCAGGAUAUCACGGCGGCGGAUUCGCUCGAGGCGCAUAAGGUGACGAGUAUGUUGGAUGCGUUUACCACGACGAGUCCGGACGUGCCGCGGUGGACGCCGCGGGUGGUUGCGGAGAAGGCGGCCAUUGGUGGAUUGGGCCCCGUGGCGAUUGGGAGUCCCGUGACGGUGGCGGAUGAGAUGCAGCGCUGGAUCCGCGAGGCGGAUCUGGAUGGGUUUAAUUUGGGCUAUGUGACGACCCCGGGCACGUUCGAGGAUGUGGUUGAACUGUUGAUUCCAGAAUUGCGGCGCCGCGGGGUCUACCCGGAGGGACAGGAGGAGGGGUUGACGGCGCGGGAGAAAGUGUAUGGGAAGGGCCAGCGGGAGUUGCGGGCGGAUCACCCGGGCAGUCGAUACAAGUAUGAUGUCUAUGAGGAGGAUGCUCAGGAGGAUGUCUGA